GCGGCGAUGAAUGGGCACUUGGAGGUCGUGGAGACUCUGGUGGAUAACGAUGCGGCUGACGAAGACGGCAAGACGCCACUGUGGCUUGCAGCGAGGAAUGGACACACUGAGGUGGCUGAAUGGCUCCGAGAAAUGGGCGCUACGGAAGGGAGCGAUGCUCCGACGCGAAUCGAUGUUGACGCUUUGAAAGUCCCAGUGGAAUACGGCGCUGAUGCCAACGCACAAGACAGCACAGGGCAGACCCCACUGAUGCUAGCCGCUCAGAAAGGAGACAGCGAAGCGGUCGCGCUCCUGCUGAGCUGUGGCGUCGAUGUGGAUAUCAGGGACAAGACCAGGCAAACAGCACUUGGGUAUGCGUCGAUUAACGGCCACAGACGCGUCCACGAGCUCAUCUUG